GAGACGCAUCAUCAACCUGCAAGGAGUGGCUGCUCCUUCCCUGCUGCAAGGCACCCUCACUCCCCCCCCCCUCCCGGCCACAGCUGUGAGGGAGAGAGGCCGGCAGUAAUCUAUCGUGGUGGCGUCAAGGAAUGAUUAAUAGUAGCAACGUUAUGGAUCGUACAGAAGAUGAAUAAAGUUAUUCUUAUUCCAAGGAAUAAAACUCUGGACGGACCAAAAGCGUGACAACACCUCACCCAUGAGAAAAUGACAGCAAGGGAGCAUAGCAGUCCACGCCAUGGAGUCAGGCCUCACUCCACCAUCGAUGUCACCUCUGAUAUGUUGGGGUUGUCGCUGACAGGAAACUUCCAGGACCCCGAUGAGCCGAUAUUAGAGUUUAGUUUAGCAUGUAGUGAACUUACUACACCAUCGCUGGAUCGAAGGCCAAAUAGUUUUGUUGCAAUUAGUGUCACAACUCCACCGCAGGCUUUCUGGACAAAGCAUGCACAGACAGAAAUUAUAGAGGGAACCAGUAACCCAACGUUUCUUAGCAGCAUUGCCUUCUUCCAAGACUCCCUCAUUAAUCAGAUGACGCAGAUCAAGCUUUCGGUGUAUGAUGUCAAAGAUCGAUCUCAGGGAACUAUGUAUUUGCUGGGGUCUGCAAAGUUUACAGUAAAGGACCUAAUACAGGACAAGAACCACAGUUUGCAGCCAUCACUAUGGUCUGCUGAGCAAGUGUGCGUAGGAAAAAUUGCAGUAAAAGGUUGGCAAAUGGAAGAUAAGACAGAUCAGCGCACCCUUGUCACCAGAUCACCCGAUAUGGUUAAUGGGAGAACUGUGAUCCCAGUGGAUGAAAGUUUAACAGAAUCAUUAGGACUUCGGUCAAAGUAUGCAUCCCUGCGCAAAGACACACUGCUAAGAUCAGUGUUUGGUGGUGCAAUCUGUCGCAUGUAUCGUUUGCCAACCACAGAUGGCAACCACCUGCGGAUUUUAGAGCAAAUGGCUGAAAGUGUCCUGUCUUUGCACAUCCCCAGACAGUUUGUGAAACUCUUACUCGAAGAAGAUGCCGCCAGGGUUUGUGAGCUGGAGGAGUUGGGGGAACUGUCUCCGUGCUGGGAGAAUCUUCGAAGACAGAUAGUGACUCAAUAUCAAACUAUUAUUCUGACGUACCAAGAUAAUUUGACAAACCUUCAUCAAUACAAAGGCGUAUCUUUUAAAGCAAGUAGCUUAAAGUCAGACAAAAAAUUAGAGUUUGUUCCUACCAAUUUGCACAUCCAGAGAAUGCGAGUUCAAGAUGAAUCUGCAUCCGACCAAAACUAUGAUAUUGUGACAAUAGGGGCCCCAGCAGCACAUUGUCAAGGGUUCAAGUCUGGGGGACUACGAAAGCAUCUGCACAAGUUUGAAGAAGCAAAAAAACACAGUUUUGAGGAAAGUUGUGCUAAUGCAUCCUCUCAGUCUAUUGUGUACAUACCCUCUGAUAUAACCAGAGCAAAGGAGAUUAUUGCCCACAUCAAUACUUUGAAGACACAGGUCAGCUAUUAUGCAGAGAGACUUUCCAGGGCCGCUAAGGACAGAUCUGCAAAUGGUCUGGAAAGAACACUUACCAUUUUGGCAGAUAAGACAAGGCAGCUUGUCACCGUGUGCGACUGCAGACUUUUAUCUAAUGCUAUACAUGGACUUAAUGCAGCCCGACCAGACUACAUAGCUUCCAAAGCGUCUCCUACAUCUGGUGAGGCAGAUCAGGUUAUGCUAAGGAAUGAUCAGGAUACCCUUGUGGCUCGGUGGACAGGAAGGAACAGCAGAUCGUCUCUGCAAGUGGACUGGCACGAGGAGGAAUGGGAUAAAGUUUGGUCGAAUGUUGAAAAGAGCCUGGAAUGUAUUAUCCAGCGGGUGGACAAGCUCCUUCAGAAGGAGCGCUUGCAUAGUGAUAGCUGUGAAGAUGUCUUCCAUUGUGAAAUAAGCUGCACUAGCAAGAAAGGUAAUCAGAGAAGGCGAGCAUACUGGAUAAACCCAGAGGUCUCCAAUGAUGAGGCCACAUCACCUCCACCAUCACCUACAUCAGCAUCAUCUCCUGCAUGCCAUCCUCCCCAUUUCACAAAUUCCAACUCGGCAGCUGAAGAGAUCAGCCCAGGUGAAUGGAGCGAAGCCCUGUACCCACUGCUGAGCACCCUUACAGACUGUGUGGCCAUGAUGAGUGACAAAGCUAAGAAGGCAAUGGUGUUCUUGUUAAUGCAAGAUAGUGCACCCACCAUUGCCAUGUGCUUGAGCCUUCAGUACCGCAGAGAUGUGGUCUUCUGUCAAACAUUAACUGCCCUCAUAUGUGGCUUCAUUAUCAAGCUGAGGAAUUGUCUGCAUGAUGAUGGAUUUUUGCGACAGCUGUAUACGAUUGGUCUCCUGGCACAGUUUGAAAGUCUCCUCAGCACGUAUGGAGAGGAGCUGGCCAUGCUGGAGGAUAUGAAUUUAGGGAUCCUGGACCUAAGGAAUGUGACAUUCAAAGUAACUCAGGCUACAUCCAGCACCUCAACAGAUAUGCUACCAGUUAUCACUGGAAACCGUGAUGGAUUUAACGUUCGCAUCCCGUUGCCGAGUGCCUUGUUUGAUGCCCUUCCUCGUGAGAUUCAGAGUGGAAUGCUGCUAAGAGUCCAGCCCGUCCUUUUCAACGUUGGAAUUAAUGAACAGCAGACACUGGCAGAAAAGUUUGGAGAUACAUCCUUGCAGGAAAUCAUAAACAUUGAGAGCUUGGUGCGGUUAAAUUCUUAUUAUGAGCAGUUCAAAGAAGUUUUGCCAGAGGACUGUUUGCCUCGGACUCGCAGCCAGACUUGUCUUCCUGAGUUACUUAGAUUCUUAGGACAAAAUGUUCAUGCUCGGAAAAACAAAAACGUAGACAUCCUUUGGCAGGCUGCAGAGGUAUGCAGACGACUAAAUGGUGUGCGAUUCACAAGUUGUAAAAGUGCGAAGGACCGCACUGCUAUGUCGGUGACACUGGAGCAAUGCUUGAUACUGCAGCAUGAAUAUGGAAUGGCCCCACAGGUGUUUACACAAGCUCUGGAGUGUAUGCGAAGUGAGGGCUGUCGGCGAGAAAACACAAUGAAGAACGUAGGAUGUCGGAAGUAUGCUUUUAACAGCCUGCAGCUGAAGGCAUUUCCAAAACAUUACAGGCCUCCUGAAGGAACCUAUGGAAAAGUGGAGACCUAGGAUUCACGAUCUUUUUUUUUUUUUUUAGCCUUUCUGCCGCCAUUUGUAAUUUCCCAUUAGUUCCAAUGUGUUGGGCUUAAUUUAUUUUUUUUUGUUUUGUAAGAAUUUACAAACACAACAUCAUACACAAACUGUGCAUGAGUAAGAACAUGGUCGUUUUGGAACUUUUUCCCCCUUUUUUAGGAAUAAUUACGGAUUAAAAAGUCAACAUGUGAGUUAUUAUUGAUUGCAAAAUUACCAGCCAAGUCCAUGAUAUGAUGGAACAAAAUGGCUUAUUUGAUCUACUGUUAUUUGUCUUUAUGUAGUUUCUGAGGUUACUGCUCAAAGGAUUUGCACCAAAUAUGUAUUUUACUCAAUGCUGAAAUCUUCUCCAGUGGAGACCUUAUUGAUUCACAGCAUGUCAAAUAGAGGCUGCACUUUGUAAUAUUAAAAACAAGAAAGUUUUGUGUGUUUUUUUUUUGUAUUUUCAUCUGUUUAGAUUUUGUUCUGAAAAUAGAAAAAUGUUUUAAAGAAAAGUCAAGUCUGCAUUUUUAAUGUGUUUAAUGGUAAGAGGAAGGUUAAUAUUUUAUGUCAAUCUCUGCUUCUCUCUACCUGUUGUGUAUUGUGAUAUUUUCUUACAAUAUAGACAACUUUGGUUUAUUAUUGGCCAGCAGGAAAUUGCUCUAAAGGAUAUAAAAAGGUUUUUAUACAUUUCUAGUGAUACAAACUCUUGUCAGUCACUGAUACCCACUGUGCACUUUUAUCUUCAUCUAUAAUAGAUUGAAGAGAGGAAAUCUGCCAGGUCCCCAGUAUUGAUUAAUUUCAUGUAAAAUCAGGUGACUCUUACAGUAGCUGUAAGACUCUUAGCUGCUACCUAUUGGCUUGGGUUAACGCUGAUUAUGUUUUGAGUGAACGCCUGUCAUGUGAAAGCCUGAUCAAAACUUUUACUUCAGUCAUUGAGUCAAGAGUAAAAUUAAAACAUUAGUUUCACUUGAGAUCUCUAGGAUAUGAGUGCUUAUUCAAAAGGUGGGAGAGCAGAAUUUAUUGCCAGCACUCAUUAUCGAAUUAGAGUGACACCCUACUGCCGCUCAAAUAAUUUAAAAAAAAAAAGUAAGAUAUACACCUUCCUUCCCCCCCACCGCCCCCUGCCCAGACUUUCUGCGGCUGUCCAAUCAGACUUACCAAGGCAUGUGCUCUGCGCAAUUGCUGCCUCUUGAAUUUAGCUCUACUGAGCUAACCAAACCACGAAGUAACAGGACCUGUUGUCUGCUUAAAAGCCAGGGUGGGGUUACAAGAUUAAUUUAUAAAAGUGCCAGUUUCUAUUGAAAUAUGCUCUUCUUGUAAUUGGGGGGGGGGGGGGAGGGGAGGGAACUGUAGUGUCCCUUUAACUUCAGGGUUUAGCAUGUUUUUGUUUAUUCUCCAUUGUUGUCUUUUAGCGGCUCUGCUUCUUAUUCUUAACUAUAUUUUUACCUUUCCGAAUUUGCUCAGAGAUGCAAAAGGUUUUUAUCCAAGUUAAAGUAUAUGCACCCCCAAAUAUCCUUUAAUUUGAGAGCUUAAAAAAUUAUUAAUAAUGUGUCUGCUAGGACAAACACAGUAUGCCAGCGUGGAGGGAGGCAUUGCCAAGUAAGGUAGAGAUUAAACAAUUUGAUAUGCUUUUGUAAGCGUAGCGAAACACAUUAACACGAAGAGCACUUGCCAUAAAGACAAUGUAUUAGUCAUUCUCUGCUUGGAUAUAGUAUCAAUUGUCAACUUGAAUGUGUUGGAAAAAAAUAUAUUUGAAAGCCUAAAAUGGUUAUUAUUCAUUAAAUAUGCAUGGAAACCCAUUUCUAAAUAAUCCAAUCUAUAAUUAGUACAAGCACUGUAAAUAGAUAUCAACCUGUUUUAUAAGCUUUUCUAGACCUAAGCUUUGUGGCAGGGUGCUCAAAAAUUGUUUAGACGCUUUACGAUGUAUUGUGCUCUGGUGGCAAUGUUUAAUGCAUAAAUUAAUCAUUCCUACAACGAACAUUGGUCAAAACCUAACCAGGAAACUUAGUCCUGCAAUAUAAGAACCGCAACUUCCUCUGCAACUUGCAUGUGAAUUAAUCAGCGUUUUGACAUGCAUUGCAUUUGAAAAGUCAAGUAAGAGACAUUUUCUGACAAAAUGUCUCAUCUUGGCAAACAUGCCUUCUGUUAAUAUAGUUAAGUUUCCAGUUUUGUUUAGAUAGAUCCUUAAUCACUAUAGUGCCAAUAGCCUGGGUAACAUUUACUCUAAU